AUGGGUGUAGCUACCAAUAAUGAGACAAAAGAUUUGGCUAUGGUUAGGGGUAUCAAAUUUUGUGUUGACCAAGGAUAUAGCAAGGUGGAAAUUGAAGGUGAUUCACAGAUAGUUAUUAAUGCAGUCAUAAAACAAACAACACCAAAUUGGAAGUUACAACAAUAUUUGGAUGACAUAAAACAAAAUUUAAAUCGAAUACAACAGUACAAGAUAACUCAUGUUUAUCGUGAAGCAAACAGAGCUGCGGAUCAGCUGGCAAAUGAAGGGAUCAUUGUGGGAAAAAGGGUAGAGGUAAUCAAAUUGGAUGUAUGGAAUGGAGAAAUUAACGAGAUUGUGAAAGAGGAUUAUGAUACUUUUAGAAAAAAGAGAAAGAAAGGAAUCAGAUAG